AUGCAAUUCGUCGCCAACCACACGCCUAUUCCUGUCCCCAAAGUACAUUACGCUUUCAUCCAUAAGGGAACAUCGUAUAUUGUGAUGCAGCAUAUCAAGGGGCAAACGGCGGCGAAUGGCUGGACAAGCCGCUCGGAUGAAUCAAAAGAACGAAUCCUGGAGCAAUUGCGUGGUAUGAUCACCGAGCUUCGCUCUGUCACACCCCCCGAAGGUACAAAGGUUAGCAGUGUCGAAGGCGGGCCUUUCUACGACUGCCGGCUACCGUCGCAGCUCUACUGGGGCCCCUACGCCAGCGUUCGUGAGUUCCAUGAAGCGCUGGUCAAUAAUAUUCCCUGGGACGCCGACUACACCAAAUACCCUGACCUUAUUGAACUCUUUGACUUCUACCGGCAAGCAGAAAACAAACUAGUCCUCACCCAUGGCGACCUGAGCAGCCUCAAUAUUCUGGUUCGUGGGGAUAGAGUUGUAGGUAUAAUAGACUGGGAGACGGCAGGAUGGUUUCCAAAAUACUGGGAAUAUACCACAGCGAAGUGUGUGAACCCAAACAACCUAUUCUGGGCGGAUGUGGUCGAUCAGUUCGUAACACCCAUGCCGGAUGAGUGGAAGAUGGACUUCAUUAGACGCAGAUAUUUUGGUGAUCUCCCAUAA